AUGAUUGAACAGGUGGGUAGUUUCCUACUAGGAAAGGUUCGGGACCUCUUGUUUGGUGUGGCUAUGCAGGAGAUCGGUUACAUGUGGAAUUGCGAAGAAAACGUUAAAAAGUUGAAGAAUGAAGUUAAAAACCUCAAAGUUUUGAGGGGAAAGAUUCAACAAAAAAUAACUAUUGCCAAUCUUAACGGAGAUAAACUCUCUUAUGGAGUGAAAGACUGGGUGAAGGAGGCAGACACCACAAUAUCCAGUGCAGACAAGUUUCUUGAGCAAGAAGCUAAUGCCAAAAUAGGUUUGUGUUCUAACUGGACCACUUUUUAUCAUUACGGUAAAGGCUCAGCAGAGAUGACUCCUCCUCUAGUGCAGCUCCAAGAACGUGGCGUCCCAUAUGAAAAUCACGUCUUUUUUGAAACUCUUCCACCCAGACAACUAGACGUUUUCCAAACAAAGAAUCUUGAAGAUCUGGUUACCCAAUAUUCAGCUCUGAAUGAUAUCAUUGCUGCUCUUGAAGAUGACAACAUCCAAAUCAUUGGAAUCCAUGGCUUAGGUGGUGUUGGAAAAACCACCUUAGCCAAGGAGGUUGCUGCAAGAGAAAAAAAGACUAAUUUGUUGUUUGACGAUGUUGCUUUUACAUCCGUCUCUCCAAUAGUAAACGCUGAGAAGAUUCAAAAGGAUCUUGAAAUUGCAAGGAAGCGGAUAAUGAAGGGAGACAAGAUUUUAAUCAUCAUAGAUGAUGUUUGGGAGAGACUAGAUUUGGAAGAACUGUGUAUUCCAAUUGACCACGCGAAUUGCAGAAUUUUGCUAACGUCUAGGAACGAAGAUGUGUGCGAGAAAAUGAACGUUCAAUGUAAAAUUUGUGUUAACUCUUUGUCAAUCGAUGAAGCAUGGAUUCUUUUCAAACGUGUCGUAGGUGAGAGAGUGGAGACCAAUGCAGAUUUCAAACGAGUUGCAAAGGAGGUUGUGAAAGAGUGUGGUGGACUGCCACUCCUCAUUCAAGCCGUAGGGAAUGCUUUGAAAAACAAAAGAAUCGAUUCUUGGGAAUCAGCUCUUUCUCGACUAAAGAAAGCAGCACCAUCAGAUAUUGAUCCCGAUAUACGGAAAGCAUUUGCUCAUUUGAAGCUAAGCUAUGACUACCUUGAAAGUGAAGAAGCCAAGUCGUGCUUCUUGCUUUGUAGUUUGUUCCCUGAAGAUGAUGAUAUUUCGUUGGAAGACUUAAUAUGUUAUGGGUGGGGUCUAGGAAAGUUUGAUGACCCGGAUAGCAUAGAGGUUGCAAGAGCCAAGGUUCGAAUUGCAGUGGAUGUGCUCACUUCUUCUGGAUUGUUGUUAAAUGGCACAUAUGAUGGGUGUACCAAAAUGCAUGAUAUUGUUCGUGAUGUGGCAUUGUUAAUUGCAUCUCAAGACAAUAACAAUUUUUUGGUGGAGGCUGGGAAAGGCUUGAAAGAAUGGCUACCAACACAAAACAGCUUAGAAAGAUAUACUGGGAUCUCACUUGCACAUAAUAGGAUCAGCAAGCUUCCUGAUUAUAAGGUAAACGUACCACACCUUGAGAUUUUCCUUGUAUCUCGCAAUUGGGAUUUGUCAAUGAUUUCCGAUGAAUUCAUUGGGUGCAUGAAGAAAGUAAACGUUUUAGAUGUCUCGCGGACUAAAAUCUCAUGGUUGCCACAAUCAUUUCAACUACUCACAAAACUUCGUACGCUUAAUCUCGAACAUAACCAGUUUUUUCAUGAUAUUUCUAUACUUGGGGAGAUGACAGAGCUUGAGAUUUUAAUUCUCAAUGAAACUGGAAUAAAAGAAAUUCCUAAAGAGAUUGAUCGGUUAGUUAACUUAAGGCGGCUUGAAGUUUGUAAGUGUAAAAACAUGACUCAUGUAGCACCGGGUGUUAUAUCUGCGUUCUGGAGAUUGGAGGAGUUAUGCAUUGACCUUUGGUGGAUGAGUCAAGGAGUUGAUGGUUGUAUUGCUGAGGUUAUGAAGUUAUCAAAGCUCACAUAUCUAAAUAUAAAGGUGAAAACAUUGGACCUUAUUCCUGAAGGUGCUUUUAAUGUUAGUUCAGAAAAUCUGAAAGGAUUUAGGAUUCAAAUUGGACAUUCCAAACAAGGCAACGAGGUCAAGAGGUCAGAUCGUUGUCUAGUUAUUUCAAGUAAACAUCUUGUGAUUCCAUUAUUGAAGUGGUUAAAUAAACUGAGGGAGGUAAGUCGUCUUCAUAUAUUUCUACGUGAAAGUUUAAACUUAAAUAAUAUCAUGCCGACCCUCGAUGAUGAACAUUUCAAUAAAUUAAAGCAUAUUGAUUUGUUUUAUUGCCCAAAUGUGUCAUGCUUAGUGGAUAAUGGUACAAGGUGUGAUGGGGAAGUAUGGAAUGCAGAGGAAAAGCUUUUCCAGGAACUAGAACACCUUAAAUUAAUGUAUUUAAAAAGUUUGGGGGUGUUAUGGAAAUGCCCAGAUGAAUAUAUAAGCCUUACUAACCUGGUCACUCUUAGCAUAAGUAGGUGUUCUAAGUUAGAAAGAGUUUUCACAGUGAGUGUAGCACAAGGCCUAGUCCAUCUCAAGGAAAUGCAUAUUUCAUGGUGUCGAAGUUUAGUGGAAGUGAUUGGGGGCGGUGGAGAUGAUGAAUCUGGAAAUGUUAUCAUAUUUCCUUCCCUAGCUAAAAUUAACUUUCAUAGGUUAAGUAGUCUCAAAAGCUUCUGCUCAGGGAGCUUUAGGAUCCAAUAUCCAUCUUUGGUGAAAGUUUAUAUGUUUAAGUGUGAGAGAAUGGAUAUAUGGGGAAGUGGAAUCCAUGAAACACCCAGACUCAAAAGACUGGAUGGAGAUUGUGAUGUACCACUGGAUGGACCUAAUUCCAUAAAUGAAGCUGUAGCAAAAGUCUUAUGGCAUAGUCAAAGCCACAUGUGUAAAAUGGAACAAGAAGAUGAGGCAAAAGAAGAUGAUAAUGAUCAGAGGGAAGACAAUGAUGAUGAUGUGCGAAUGGAGCUAGUUGACGCCAUCAAUGAUAUGGGGACCUUUACAAACUGAAAAAACAAAAUGAAGAGGAAGAAGAGGAUAGAUGAAGACAUGAAGACAAUAAUGACGAUGAAGAGUAACUUGAUGAACAAAUUUUCCAGCUUUAAGGUUGAAUUUUUAGUGUGUAUGAAACCUUCUAAUAAUAUGAUGUGUAAUAAACAAGUGCAAAGAUGUGUAAUAUAU